AAAUUGUCAAAUAUUCAUUCAUUUAUAUUCGAACAGAUGAAGUGGGGUGUCAUAAUUUUCAUACAAAUUUAAAUUUCACUGUUAUCGAUUGUUACUCGUUUAAUGGGUAUAUGUGUGAAUAUUAAGCGCAUAAAUUGAAUAAAAAUGUUAAAUUCAUUUUUUAGAGGCCUAUUGGGCACUGAAGAGUCCCCGACAAAGGUAAUAGAAGUGCGUUCAGACAAUUAUGUUUCAAGGCCGAUACACUACAGAGAAGACUCUAUGUUAUUAUACGGCCCUAAAAUCCAAGAUGGGAAGAAUAAUCUGAAGGACAAAUAUUUUGAAAUUAUUCUAUACAAGCCAUUCACAGAGAGCACACAUCAAAUGUACAGUUUGUUUCGGUCGGAAAACCAAGAAAUUGCAGAGGAGAAGUUUAUUGUGUACAAAGAGAGAAUACCAGUUUACAUCAAAAUAACUAAAGAAUGCACAAUAGCAAGUCUCCAAAAACUAUGCGACACAGUAUCCGAACACCAGUCAUGGUCCAUAGCUCACAUAGCCGCCCACUUUGGACUCUACGAGCUGUUUAAUGACCCUGAGGUCCAGGGGCAUCUGAAUGAGGUGGACCCGGCCACUGGAGCAACACCGUUGAUGGUGGCGGUAAAGUCGUGCAACGUCCGUAUGGUCCAAAGUCUGGUCUCCCUACAAUGUUCCCUGGACACUGUCGAUCUAGACGGCAACACAGUGUUCCAUUACGCAGCAGCCAGCAAUAAGGAGAUUAUCAAUGCGCUCGCCAGCAAAACAGCGACGUCCCUCAACGUGUACAACAAGCAAGGAUACACGCCAUUACACAUGGGCUGCCUCGCCAACGCGCCGGACUGCGUGCGAGCGUUGCUAUUGGCUGGGGCCGAUGUCAAUCUGCCGGCUAAGCGGCAGUCAACUGCUAAUACUACCACCGCAAUACCGAUACCGGGUAUCGUCGGCGACGUACUCCAAGACAACCUACCCAAACUAUACCAGCAAGACAUGAAGUACGGCGGCACGCCUCUCCACUGGUCCAUCUCUCGCGAAGUCAUCGAAGCCUUGGUGGAUAAGAAGUGUGAUAUCAACGCGUUGAAUUUUGACGGUCGCACCGCGUUGCAUAUCAUGGUUCUAAGGGGGAGAUUGGAGUGUGCUAUUGCGUUAUUAUCCAGAGGUGCGGAACACUCCAUAACAGAUAACGAAGGAAACACCCCCCUACACUUAGCAGUGAAACAGACGAACAUAUCUUUAGUCGAAGCACUGAUAGUGUUCGGCGCUGACUUAGAAGCGCUGAACAAUUCUGGCUACACCGCUCGACAUAUGGUGCCCUGUGAGAUGUCCAGUAGUAACUACGACAAGAUAUUGUAUGUGCUACACGCUGUAGGAGCUCAGAGAUGUCCAGCGGAAGUGGCCGGCUGCGGGCCGGGCUGCGCGGCGCGCGGGGACUACAACGGCGUGCCCCCGCCCGGCGCGCCGCGGCCCGCCGACCGUGACGUCAUCAGUCACAUGCUCAGCGUCGCCGCCAUGGAGCGCGCCGCCAGCUUACCCACUAGCGGCAAGCAGGGACGCCUCCUCUGCCUCGACGGCGGCGGUAUCCGCGGUCUAGUCCUAGUCCAAGUCCUAAUCAACCUAGAAGCCGCCAUCGGCCGCCCCAUCAUCCACUGCUUCGACUGGGUAGCUGGCACGAGCACAGGAGGGAUCCUAGCUUUAGCUCUGGCCAGUGGGAAGACUCUUAGAGACUGCCAAAGGCUUUACUUCCGUAUGAAGGAAUAUGCUUUCGUCGGUAUGAGGCCAUACCCUUCAGAAGCUUUGGAGACCAUUUUGAAGGAAAAUUUAGGUACGGAAACCGUGAUGGCGGACCUGACUCAUCCGAAGCUGAUGAUCCUCGCGUUGUUGGCAGACAGGAAACCGGUGGACCUGCACAUAUUCAGGAACUACCAGUCGGCACAGGAAAUACUGGACGCGCAUAAUAAGAUUAGUCCGCGCGUGAGCGAGGCGGGCGACGCGAUAGGUCUGGCGCCGCCGCCGCCGCCGAGCCAGCAGCUCGUGUGGCAGGCGGCGCGCGCCACCGGCGCUGCACCCUCCUACUUCACCGCCUCGGGCAGAUAUCUCGACGGCGGCUUAAUGGGGAACAAUCCUACGUUAGACGCUUUAUCAGAACUCGCAGAAAUGCGACUAGCGCUGAGAGCCACCGGGCAAAUCGAGGAAGCUCGCAAAACUGACUUGAAAGUUGUGGUUUCAUGUGGAACAGGUAGAAACCCGCUGACCAAGAUCAAAGACUUCGACGUGUUCAAGCCGGAGAGCGUGUGGGGCGUGGCCAAGCUGGCCUGGGGACUAUCCGCCAUUGGCAAUCUCCUGGUUGAUCAGGCAACACAGUCCGACGGUCGCGUAGUGGAACGCGCCCGCGCCUGGUGUUCCACACUCGGCGUCCCGUACUACCGUUUCUCGCCGCCCAUGUCGAAGGACGUCGCCAUGGACGAGCGCUCGGACGAGCUGCUGGUGCGCAUGUUGUGGGAGACGCACGCGUACAUGCGCGAGCACCGCGACCGCGUCUUCGAGCUCGCCGCGCUGCUCGCCGAGCCCGACUAUAGAGAGUCACAAGCGAAAAAAUAAUGUUAGUCUGCAAUCGUGUAAGCCACUUGCAACAUUCCAGUACCCCGGGGUUACUCGGUUAAACCUGGAGUUUCCAUGGUUACCAAUACAAUUUGACACUGGGUUAACGGUUUAACCGCUUAGCCCCGGGUUGGUGGGAUGGUGCAAGUGGCCCUAAGUACCAUAAAUACUAAACAU